AUGCAGACCACGCAGCAGCCUUUGCUGCACCGCACGUGGACUCGCGACACCUAUCUUAUAUCCACGGAUCCCUUGCUGAUACCAAUUGCGGACCUCAACUCGGCAUUUGCGUCAGAUCUUGUAUACUGGGCGAACCCACUUUCUGGAGAAAUUAUGCGCAAGACCCUAGACAGCUCCCUCUGCUUUGGCUUAUACGACACCAAACCUACAGCCGACGUCCCCAACACGCGCCCGAUCGGCUUCGAAAAGCUCGGAGAACAAGACAAUCGGGACGCAGAGAAGUUAAUAGGCUUCGCACGCUGUGUGACAGACUUCAGUACCUUCUCUUACCUGACAGAUGUUUACGUCUUGCCCUCGUACCAAGGUCAAGGACUAGGGUCAUGGGUUCUACGAUGUGUCAAAGAAGUUCUCGAGACGAUGCCGCACCUGCGGAGAAGCAUGCUUUUCACAAGCGACUGGGAAAAGAGUGUGUCAUUCUAUGAGAAAGUUCUGGGCAUGGAAAUUCAAGAUUUUGACUACGACACCAACGCUCAAUGCCAGGAUUCAGAAGUCGAAAUCCCUCCUCGGACGAUUACGGGUAUCCUGGACUGGGCAGAGCCUGGGUGGAAUCCGCAGUACUGGGAGUACUGCAAGAUGCGCUUGGUCAUUUUUGAGGAGCACAAGCUUUAUGAGGAGGUUGUGAGCUCCGGUGGCCUUAUCAUAAGGAUCUUGCCGACGAGACACGAGGAUGAGGUGGAAGCUGUUGCGCAGUAUUGGCACCGUCGAGGUUAUCCAUGA